CGGACGUCGUGUAGAAGCAUGUUUAGUAGCUACCAAAGACUGGCAUGUAGGCGAUGAAAUGCGAUUGUUGACUGGCAUGAUUGCCUGUCUAGAUCCAAAGGACGAUGCAGAACUCAAGAAGGGAAAUCGCGACUUUAGUGUCAUGUGGUCUACUCGCAAAAACUGCAGUUGUCUCUUUCUUGGCCCUGCUCGCUUUGCAAACCAUGAUUGUGACUCGAAUUGCAAGUUUAUCUCAUUAGGGCAGAACUCCAUUACAGUCAAAGCCAUCAAAGAAAUCCAAUCAGGAGAAGAAAUCACAGUGUAUUACGGUAAACAUUAUUUUGGAGAAAACAACUGCGAAUGUUAAACAUGGGUUACUUUGCAUCGCUUUUGCCUCAUUCACAAGAAGACAACAGUUAUCAUAGUAGUAGUAGCAGUAGUACUAGUAGUAGUAGUAGUAGCAGUGGGAGUACUAGGCGUAGUACACGGAAAAGAAAAUCGGUCUUACAGGAAGAGCAAAGGAAACCUAAACGAGCAUCUUUAGAACCACCUCCACACACAAAAACACAUUCAUCCGACUCACUUGAGGAAAUAAUUGGUCAAGUAGAAUCACCUAUCAUUAGACAGGAAGAACUACCGCCUAUGCCCGUCUCACCCACAACAGCCACAACAGCAAGGUUAAAAGUCAUGAGUAUCGACUUCUUGUGCAAUACAGAUAAAAAAGAACCAAUCAGCGAAAGAAGGACAUCCGAUUGUCCCUUGUUGGAUUUACUUGUGGAUGCAGCAAUGGAUGCAGAAUACCUGUCUUCCAACAAACCCAAGACGGUAGUUGUAGUCAAUCCUGAAAUUCAUCGAGAUGCUACUCAGCGUGUCUUGUUGCAACAACAGCGCCAGCAUGACUCAUCCUCUUCAAUUGACUCUAAGGCAGAUUCAGCAGUCAGUUUAUCACCUCCUUCUCGCCCAGUUAAGGAAGAAGAAGAUCGUUGCUGGCGACGAGCGAUGGAUGACGGACUCUUCAAUCAAAGUGAUAUGGAUGCACUCAGUGAUUUCUUUGACGACGUAUCGGAUCUGUCUUCUGUGAGUAGUACAGAGCUUUCCAAUUGGACAUCCGAUGAAGAAGACGAAGACAUUGAAUCAGAGAAAUCUUCACGCAAAAAGAAGACACAGGAAGAAGAUUUGACUUGUAUUGCUUGUGGACGACUACUGAGAAGACAAGACAUUUCAGAGCAAUUGGGUGCAGAUGUAUCAGUCACAAACGAGUUAGCUACCUGGACUUGGACACCUAGUGCUAUAUUUACUGAUUGGAAGCCAAAACGUUGUCCUCGCUGUGAACGACAUUACACUAUUUUUAGACAAGAAUGGCCAAACCGUAAGGCUAAAAAUAAUGUAAAAAAGUCAAGAAAGAAGAAGAUCAAGAAGAAGAGCAUAAAAAAGCCAUCUCCUUUGACAGAAUCCAUCCAAGACGAACUCGACGACCAAAGCUAUAUUCCACCUUCACCUUUGUCUGAGAUUUCUACUACUUUUGAUGAAGAAGAAAUUGCAGCGUUUUAAUAUGUAAUAUGAACUUAUUCUUGUAUAUAUGCUAUUCAAAAAAAACAAGUAUUCCCCUCCCCUAUUCUGAUUGUAUAA